AUGGCAACGGACAAAAGCCCCCAGCGCGUAUUGGAUCAACAUCAGUCACCUCUCUUUCGUCUCCCGCGAGAGUUGCGAGAUGAGAUAUACGACUACUACACCCACGAAGACGGGUACAUCUUCGAGCCAUCAACCCAAAAGCUUCGCUUGCCCACUGGAAAUCCAAUCGAGCUUGCACUAAGCUACACGUGCAAACGAGUGACGAAGGAGAUGAAUGGAAUGGCGCUCAGAAAGAAUAGCGUAGAGUUUCGCACGCUGCUCAGUUUGCCAAAGAUCACAGGCCAACCCUCUAAUGCUUCCUGGUAUGAGCAGCUUAUCCUUUCUCACCAAGUGCGGCUACGACACAUGUUGAAGUGGGCACAUACUAUCGUCUCGGUGGAAGUCAUGCUUACCGUAAAAUCACUCUACCCGAACAGCUUCGCGGCACAAAGGAUACUAGAGAAAGCUCAAGAGGGGAAUGACUCGCAAUUGCGAGGUGGCUACUUGUUUAACGUGUGGUCUCUGGACAAUUACAACAGCGACAACUGUAUUCUAGUAGACCUCAUAAAGCUCAUGGCAACUCACCCCGAUUUCUACCACCUCAUCUCGAAAGAGUACGACCUGGAAUUGCGAAAGGCGACGAGAAGCGAAGACGACUAUGAUAGCGAGAACGAUAGCGACAGCGAUGAAGAUAGCGAUGACGACAGCGAUGACGACAGCGAUGAAGACAGCGAUGAAGACAGCGAUGAUGACAGCGAUAGCGAUGAUUCUCUCCUGGGUGCAUUUCGGAUCAAGAGACCACCUUCAUAUUCGAGAGAGACGCAAACAGACAUAUUACAAUGGAGGCCGCAACUAUGGUCGAUACCCAACCGUGCCGAGCUCGAAGCGAUCUCAGAAUUCUUACCUCCAUGGCCCACAACAAUUGAUGAUCCAGUUCCUGACCACGAAUACGUACCCGAUAUGUACUUUUCUGCUGCAGCAGUAGGGGUUCGCUUUCUCGAAGGACUUGCUCCAAAGGCCCGCGAACAACUACGAAGGAUCGUCAUCCAGGAGGACCAUCCAAGUGUAGCGUCAUCGAUAACACACGCGCAGGGCCUGAUCUCAUUCUGUCAGGCAAACCCCAAAGUCCGAAUAGAGCGUAGGGUUGAUAUCUGGCCUACCGAGUUCGUGUACAGGAGCAACUAUUUCGAGCAUCAUACACAUGAGAUAGUAAUCAUGAUUGGAACGUGGACCAACGAAGUCAAGAUCUUGUAUCAAAUGGGUAUGCCUGCCGACUGCUUCACAUUGGUCCUCCACGGUCCAUCCGAAGCAGCAAGCCAGCAACUCAGCGAUGCCAUCACCAGAGCAGCGAUAUGGCUAGAGGGCACUGUUGAACUUGCUCGGCGAGAGCAGCGUCGGUUCUACCCCUUUCAAGGUAUCACCGAAGACUUCGCGGACGUGAUCAAGGAGAUGCUGCGCGGGGAGAUACCAGCGAGGUUCGAUGCAGAGAUGGAUGAAGUAUGGGACAUUGAGAAGAUUCUAAGCGAGCAUGUGGGAGAAUGGCCCAGCAAGGUCAGCGAUGUCUUUCGUCUUCGGGAUUUCGAGGAGCCGGAGGGUGGGUGGCACGCUGCGCGUGAAGCGUACAAGGAGAGGGAGGUUUAA